AGGAGCAGAGCACAGGACAGAGGAGCUCCAUGUGGACCCUAAACUGAACAGGAACGAGCUCUCAGUAAACAGCAGACUCUAACAGGACUUUCUCAGCAUUUGACUCCAACAGAUCCACACAAUGUCCAAGGCGGACUGGAGCUUCCUGGAGCGUGUGUUGGAGGAUGGGCAGGAGCACUCAACGGCCAUCGGCAGGGUGUGGCUCAUGGUGCUCUUUUUGUUCCGGAUCCUCGUUCUGGGCACGGCGGCUGAGUCCACCUGGGAUGAUGAGCAGUCUGAUUUCUUCUGCAACACGGCACAGCCAGGCUGUGAAACUGUCUGUUAUGACAAGGCUUUCCCCAUCUCCCACUUCCGGUACUUCGUCUUGCAGGUCAUCUUUGUUUCCACGCCGACCGCCUUCUACUUUGGCUACGUGGCUUUGCGCAGCAGAAGGAAGAUAAGAGAGAAGGAGAAAGAGCAGGUGGCUGUAAUUGUCCUGGAUGGAGGGGAUUCUAAUGGAAUCAAGGUGGCUGACAAGAAAGGUGGGAAGGAAGAGCCCAGUGAACAAGUGGUGGUCUCGGAAAUACCCAAGCUUAAAGGCGGCCUGCUGUGUGCCUACACGGCCAGCAUCUGCACGAAGCUGCUGUUGGAGGUUGGUUUCAUGGUGGGGAUGUGGAUUCUGUAUGGCUUCAUCCUCCUCCCCAGGUUUGUGUGCGAGCGUGAUCCCUGCCCUCACUUGGUGGAUUGCUUUGUCUCACGUCCCACCGAGAAGACCAUCUUUACCAUCUACAUGCAGGUCAUCGCUGCCAUCUCUGUUGUCCUCAACAUCAUGGAGCUGCUAUACCUUGUCCAGAGGGCCAUCAUCCACUGCCUGGAGAAAAAGUACAAUAACAACAGCCAAAAGACAGUAUGCAUGAACUUGACACCAACUGGGCUUCAGGUUCCGGGGCUCUUUACCCCAACCUACCAGGACCAGUCAAAAUUGCCUCUUCCAAAUUGCAAUGUUACCUACACACAGCCAUACAAGCAGUACCCACCAAUGGAAACCUGGGCCAUCCCAGAUGAGGGCAUGAGCCAGGGCAAACCAGUAACCCCUCUGCCCAGCUACUCGAACUGCGUGAAUCCGGGCCGUUCUUCCACUACCAGAUCUGGCUCAGAGAAAUCUUCACACAAAGGACACGCUAAGAGCUCCAGAAGGGACAAGUCGAGACCGAGGCAGUAUGUUUGAUGCAAGCUGCCCGCCAGGCUACAGCUAUCCUCCACUGAGAAUUUCCAAGUCAGGGGAGACAGGGGGCCCUGCUGGCAAGGGGGUAUGCGGGUGCGUGCUAAGGAAUAUAUUGUUCCCUCGCCUUGAUGGAUUUCAGAGUCUCUGAGAUUCGGUCCUUGUUUGGCUCAGUUUUGAAUCCCUCUGCAUGGAGCUCGAUGGCCGAAACCCGCACGUUUCUUUGGCAGCUUCUCAAGCUGACAGUCUGGGCCGGAGUAAAUCCCUGCCAAACCAUGGCAUGCUUUGGUUCACGGUCGUUUGUCACUGGGGUUGAGGAGCGAUCAUGGAAAAACACUGGACUGUGAGAAGGAGCGACUCCUUUGGAAAGGCUCUCUAGUACUGCAAAAGCAGUAAGCAAAGACUUGUGAAUCUUGCCAAUGUGAAUCUUGUAACUUUGGACGACAUGUUCAUGAUCCAGGAGACAGACUACCGUGCUAGCGACUGUGUAAUGAAUUUGUCUAAUUCUGAACAAUAUUUUUUUAAAACCACAGUAUUUUUAUAAAAUUGUCACUAUAUAUUUAUUGAGACAGAAUACAAAUUUUAUUUCUAUUAAGUAAAAAGUUAUUUAACUGCCUGAGAUGUACCUCUGUGUCAGAUUUUUGUCACGUACGUAAAAAAAUA